GGACCUCACACCAUUGACCAUUCACAGACAGAAGGUGAAUCCGGCGUCUGGGGGACCUCUCUCUCUGUCUGUCUGCUGGCAACCUGAUCGACGAACAUCACCAACGCCCAUAAAGCGGCAAUAUACAGGAAAUAAACCGAGCUGCUAGAAGUCUUUUUCCCUUCGACAGACGCAUUUGUGCCAGUGCGGUGGUAGUGAUUUUGGAGGGAAGCAUAUUGUAUAACGUUAUCAGUUAGAAUUCUCUGAUGUAUAACAUCAACUGUAUAACUUAAGUUAGCUGCUUUAUUACUGCGUAGCUAGCUCUCCCUGGUUUGGACUGAUACAACGUUGACUUCGACUGCUUGAUUCCCGUCCACCCGAAAAAUGGCAACCCAAAUCGAUAAAGAGGCUUGCAGAGAGGCUUACAACCAAGUCAGAGAUGAUAGCACGGAUACCAAUUGGGCUGUGUUUAAAUAUGAGGGCUCCAUGAUCGUGCCUGCAGGACAAGGGACUGACUACGAGGACUUCAAGAGGAUGUGCACAGAUGAUGCUCGUCUGUUCGGCUUCGUCCGGAUCACGAUGGGAGACGCCAUGAGUAAACGAGCCAAGUUCACUCUCAUCACCUGGAUCGGUGAGAACAUCAGCGGGCUGCAGCGCGCCAAGAUCAGCACCGACAAGGCGAUGGUCAAAGACAUCGUGCAGAACUUUGCCAAGGAGUUCAUGUUUAGUGACCCGAGGGAACUGGAUGAGGACAACAUCCGCACAGAGCUGAAGAAGGCGGGUGGAGCCAAUUAUGACGCUCAGGCCGAGUAAAGAAGUGCCACGGUCCACUGGAAGGGUUGGGGUUGGAGGGGUCGGGUCCGGUCAGGGUGGGGUGGGGUGGAAUAAGUGGGGGUGGGGAGUGUUGGGGCAGGGCUGCUACCUCUUGAGGAGAGGGCGAGGCGGGAUGGAGAGGGCACUUGUUGAAAGGGAAAUGCACGCACCAAACACAUUUUACAUUCAAAUUGAUGGCGAACAAUUUGUUCAUUUACAAGAACACAGGUCCACACAAACAAAGCAGAGGUGCACCAGGAGCAGUUUGUAGAACCAGUUUAAGUGUUUCAAAUACUAACCGAACACUGUUUAUGCUGCUUAAUAAUGUCUUAUUAUAAAAUAUUCUUGUUUUUUUCAUUAGUUUAACACCUUAUUAAUGUACUAUCAACAACUUCGUCAGAAUGGGUUAACAGAUAAAAACACAUCAGAGUUACUGUAGUUACUGAGUGUAUUGGCACACAUCCUGACAGUACAGAUGCUGUUGGUGCACCUCUAAAAUGGUAACAUCUGCAUUAGGGCGCUUAUAUACUUGAUUUUAACAAAGCUUAUGUGUGAGCUACAUUGUUCACAUACUUGCUUGCAUCGGUUUGUGCAUCAGGAAAAUUAAAAAGUACAUCUGGGUGCAGAUCAGAGCCAAAUUGUCACUGGUCGACAUUGGAAUAUCUUCCUUCAGACCUUCAGACUUUGCACACAUAAAGAUACCUUAACAUGGUGACACUCAAGAUUGUUACUGUAUUGUUAAAGGAAUAGUUUGAUAUUUUUGCUUUUUCCCAGAGUUAGAUGAGAAGAUCGAUACCACUUUCACGUCUUUACGGUAAAGUUAAAGCUAGAGCCAGCAGCUGGUUAGCUUAGCUUAACAGGGAAACAGCUAGCCUGGCUCUGUCCAGAGGUAACAAGAUCCGCCCACCAGCACCUUUAAAGCUCACUAAUGAACAUUUCAUAUCUUGUUUGUUUAAUCUGUACAAAAAGUGAAGUGUAAAAAUGUCACUAUAGCAGUUGCAUGGCAACCAGCAGAGACUCCAGGAAGUCACUGUUCCUGACCUUGAAAUAGUCCCGCACCUAACCCACCGUAAGACGGCGAACUGCCAUUAUUACACUUUGUUUAUUGUUCCCAUUAAACAAAUGAGAUAUAAUGUAUUAAUUAAUGAGCUUUAGAGGUGUUGGUAGGUAUAUUCUUUAUUUAACCUUUUGUCAGAGCCAGGCUCUUUUCCCCUUUUUUCAGUCUUUAUGCUGAGCUAAGUUAAUCAGCUGCUGGCUGUAGCUUCAUGUUGACAGAUAUGAGAGUGGUAUUGAUAUUCUCAUCUCCCUACCAUCAACAAGAAAGCAAAUAAGCACAUUUCCCAAAAUCUCAAACUACUCCUUUAAGGGCUGGAUUUAGUCCAAAAAUGUACACUGACAGCGGAUGCCAUUGCGGUUCUGUUACUACAUUGCGUGGCUGCAUUCACUGACGUCUCCACACUCACAAACGUGUACAUAAAACGGCGAUCUGAGGAUGCGCCCAACCAACGCUCUGAAGGAGCGCAGAAUAUGCAAGAUAGCCAUCAUACGCACACAAACGCGUAAUUUAAAGCAAGUGUAUAAGCGCUCUUAAAGAUCACAGACUGCCUUCUCUCCUCUCCUACCCUCUGCCCUCUCCCCAGUCAGCUCAUGGUUGGUUAUCUGCUGUGCUGUGCAUCAUCAUCUCACAAUCAUCCUUAUCUCAGCUGGGCUGCAGUUGACCUAUUUGAAGUUACAUCAAGGCUUCAGCACUGUUUGCUUGGAAUAAUUUCAUGUAAUGAGGAUGUGAAAAACUGAGGGGUUUCACUUUAAAAUGCCAUAUUGUGAUCAUGGAUCAUGUUGUAAGAAUGAGUUCACUGACAAGGAUAGAUGUCUCCUUUUGAAAUGAAAUGAUUUACUUGCAGGCAUGUGUUGACACCAGAGCAUGCUCUUAAGUCAUGAUACACUGUACCUCCAGGAGGAAAAGAUCUCCAUUUUCUAACAGUAUCCUUGGUGAUGGUUGGUGGCUUGCUUUGAGUAAGCUUGAGUCAUAGUGCUAAGUACAUAUUUAGCCACCUCUUCAUCUCUAGCCAGACAGCUGUGUUUGGAUUACAGCCUCAAAGUCAACCAUUACGUCUUGUCCUGAGAUGGACUGUAAUUCAUCCUCCUGUCCUCAUACUUGUGCUUUAUGCUGUGAAUCCCUUUUAUCACUAGUCCAAAUGUGUCUUUUUGGACCUUAUUUCAAAGUACUUUUUACAUUCUCCUUCCAGUUUCUGUUGGAGCAGUUUCUAAAGCUGGGGCAGAAUUUGUACGGCAAAGAAUGAGACUCUUUGUCUUACAGGAGGCUUUCUGCCUGUAGAUAAUACGUCAUAGAAAUACAGAGAAACAACUGAUAUAUUGAUCAUUCUGCAGCACUUGUAGUCAAGUAUGGAAUGUUCCCCAAAAUCUCAAAGGAUUUUGAGAAUGGAGAUCUUUUCUUUUGAUGUCUCAUCUCACGGUAUCCAUGCAUACUAUAACCUACUGUGUUUGACUGCCUUAGUCUCCCAGGGAGAGAGGGGCAUCAUAAGAGCUUGUGGACACUACACUGUGAUUGGCUAUCCUCCUUGCAUGGGGGCGGGACUUUGAUCGGCAUGUGGCUCAUCAUGAUGUGGGCCUGGGCCAUCAUCCCAACCCAGGAGGAGCCAUUUCUCGGUUGUAGCAUCUCUGUUUAUUUGGUUUCAACCCUCCCUUCCCCCGCAAAAAACAGGAUUUUCUUUUUCUUGUGCUUUUUUGUUUUUGAGAUUAAUUUUAUUUUCUCUGAAGAGUUUUACCUUUUGAUUUUAUUUUUAAGAGCAUUGUUAUCUUGGACAUUGGUGGAAGAGAUUUUCAAAAAAUAUUGCAAAAAAGAAAAAGAAAGAAAAAGAAAGAAAACUGAGUGGGCACAAGAUCAGUCAUUUCAAAAUAAAAAAAAUGAUGUUUUUUUCCAAAA